GAAGGACGCAGCAGAUAAGGCUGCACAGGCGGCGCAGACGCAAAUGCAGGUGCUGCAGCUGGAGUGUGAUAGGCUGCAGCUGGCCAUCACGUCUGCGCAGAGAGAGCGCGAACACGAGCGAGAAGAGAGAGACGCCGCCGCGCUGGAGAGAGACCGAGUCCGAUCAGAGACAGACAGACUUCAGCAGCUGUGGGAGGAGUCGGAGCGUCGCGCGUCUUCACUACGUGCUGAACUGGCGGCGCUGAGGGAAUCUAUCCAGCAGGGGGCGACAGACAGACAGCUGAUGCAGGCUGAGAACAGACAGCUGAGUGACGCGCUCAACAGGAGCGGGAGCAGUCAUGCUGAACUCUCUCUAGUGCUCAGCAAGCUUCACUCGGAGGAGUCGUCACUCAGAGAUUCUCUCGCUAAGAUGAGCGGCAUUAAUGAGAGUCUCGCGCAGGACAAAUCUGACCUCAACAGCCUCAUCAUACAGCUGGAGGAGGAAAAGAAUGCAUUGCUGUCUCAGCGAAGAGAAGCAGAACAAGAGAAACUGACCAUCAGAGAUGAGCUGGUCCGCUCCGAGCAGGACCGACUGGAGCUGGACUCUCUCCGUCUCGCUCUCCACCAAUCACUGCAGGAGUCUGAGCUGGCCAGGGCGGGGUUGGAGGCGGAGCUUCAGUCGCUGCAGGCAGACAGAGCCAAACUCCAGGACAGAAUCACACAGCUGAUUGGUGAGGUGGGUGGUUUGGAGGCGGAGCUCGGUUCUGUCCGCGGUGAAGGAGACAGGCAGAGCGCCGCUCUCGAGGAGGCGGUGUGUGGGCGGGCGGAGCUAGUGCGAGAGAGGGCGGGGCUUCUGGUUCAGCUGACGGCGUCAGAGAGAGAGAACGCCGCCCUGACGGAGGAGCUCGCCGCCUUCAGGACGGAGCGGGAGAGUCUGGAGACGAGUCUGUUCGAGCUGCAGCAGCAGAUAAAUCAGAUCGAGUGUCGAUGCGAACAGCUGGAGUCAGAGAACCAAAACCUGAGACUGCGCACUGACAGCAUGAUGGCGGAGCUGAAGUGUUUGCGCACUGAAAGAGAGACGGUUCUGUCUCAGAGCGAGAAAGAGAAAGACGUGCUGAGAGACACACUCACGGCCGCUCAACAGGAGGCUCAGCGAGCUCUGCAUGCAGCCCUGUCCGACCACCAGGAGGAGCUGGAGAGACUGACCAAUCAGAAGGAGGUGCUGCGCUGCAGUCUGGAGGCGGAGCAGGAGGUGGCGCUGCGGCGUGUCCGUGAACACCUGGAGGAGCAGAUGAUCCGGCAGGAGAGAGAGCGAGAUGAGCUUCAAGAAGAGCUGCGUUCCCUGCAGCGCAACAGGGACCAGAGUCUGCUACAGGCCGAGACGGACAAACAGCAGGCGCUGUCUGUGAAGGAGGCGGAGAAGACGGUUCUGUGGGAGAAGCUGAGCUCCCUACAGGCGGAGCUGAGCACUGCAGCGCUGGAGCUGGAGAGACUGAGCCGAGAGACGGCGCUCCUCAGAGACCAGGAGCGGAAUGCCGUUGCGGCUCUAAGCGCAGAACUGCAGGAACUGCGCAGUCAGCUGCAGGACGCAGCCAGUGCACACAGGCGUGAGCUGCGCAGGCUACAGGAGAACUGCGCCGAGCAGCAGAUGCAAGCAGAUACGGCGCUCAGAGAGUUGGAGGAGUGUCGCGCGCUGCUGUCGUCUAGCGAGGAGAGCCGUGACAGUGCCAGACGAGAGCUGCUGGAGAUGGAGAAACGCUUGUGCCAGAUACGGGAUGCGGGGGAGGGGCACAGGCGAGAGGGGGCGGAGCUACGGCACUCCCUCAGUGAUGUCACCAAGGAGAGGGACACUCUCAGCCAAUCAAACGUGCAGCUGAGGGAAACGCUGAGAGCAUCAGAGAGCGAGAGAAUCAGCGUGAAGCGCGUGUGUGAGGAGAAGGAGCAGAGAGUGUCUCUGCUGGAGGAGAGUCUGGCGUCUGCGCAGAAGGAGGUGUCUGAUCUGCGCAGCUGUCUGCGCGAGGUGGAGAGGUCCAGACUGGAGGCGCGCAGGGAGCUGCAGGAGCUGCGCAGACAGGUGAAGCUUCUGGACGUGGAGCGCGAGCAGAAGAGCAAGCAGCUGGCCGAGAUGCAGACGCGUCUGUCGCUGGAGGAGCACAAAGACGAGGAGCGAGCCAGAGAACUGAUCUCGCUCAAACAGAGACUCGCCGACACAGAAACUACCAGAAACUCUCUUCAGAAAGAGCUGUCUUCUCUACAGCGGCGUCUGGGCGAGAGCGAGUCGUGUUGGCGCAGUCGCGAGCGAGAGUUGGCGUCUCAGCUGCAGGAGGCUCGCGGCUGUGAGAAGAAGCUUCAGGACGAGGCGCGUAACCUCUCGGUGCGCGCUCAUUCGGCCUGCGAGGCGUCUGCGCAGACGCAGCUGCAGCUGAGCGAGGCGCAGGGCCGUCUGGCUGCGACGGAGGCAGAGCUAUCGCGAGCGGAGGCGGCACGCAGGGAUCUGGAGUUCAGGCUGUGCAGUCUGCAGUCGGCGCUCACGCGCACGCUGGGCAUCGGAGCCAGUGGGCGGAGCAGCAGCAGGGGGCGGAGCCCGGCAGGCUCCUCCCCUUCCUCUCUGACCUCAGGGAUGAUGUCUCGCCAUCGGAGCGUGUCUCCGCUGCACUGCUCGCUAUCGCCACCCAAAGACGUGGCAGGUAACGUGACUCCUGAUAACACCAUGGUGUUGCGGCCGUUGUCUCCCGAGAGGACAGAUGCCCCGCUGCCCGUCGCCCUGAAGGAGCUGGACCCGGAAACCCUGCGCAGCGGCCUCCGAGACUUCCUGCAGGAGCUGCGCGAGGCUCAGAGAGAACGAGAUGAGGCGCGGGGUCAGCUGGGGUCACUGCAGAGGGAACUGGAGGAAGUGGCGGGAGAGAGAGACUCCGCCCACCAGCGCCUCGUUCAGCUACACAACACACUACAGGAGUGCCAAGAGGAUAAGCGUGCGGUGGAUGAGAAGCUGUCGGCGACUCAAGCUCUGCUGCAGCAGCAGGAAGAGUCCCUGCGGAGAGCAGACCGAGACCGCCGAGCGCUAAUCGAGCGAAUCAAAGAGCUGGAGAGACUUUCGCUGAACACCGAGACCGAGCGCAAGCAUGUGGAGGAGCAGUGCAGUAAGCUGCGUGCCGGCGAGGCGCGUCUGGAGGCGGAGCGUCGGCGGCUACGUGAGGCUCUGGAGGCGGCUGAGGGGCGGGGCACACGGGUGGAGCUGGGGAGGCGGAGUCUGGAGGGAGAGCUGCAGAGACUGAGACUGAGUCUGACUGAGAGAGAGAUGGAGAUCCAGACGACUCACGACCGGCACGACAGCGCCAGCAAACAGGUGGCAGAGGGCGAAGCUCGCCUCGUGUCUCUUCAGCGUGAGGUGGAGCGACUGAUGGCGCUGCUGUCUAAAGCUCAGGAUGGAGAGAGCGUUCAGAAAGAGCGAGCGCUUGCUCUCUCUCAGAGCCUGCAGGAAGCCAGCGCCGCCCACAGCGCCACCCAGGGGCGUCUCGCCGCGCUGCAGAAAACACUGGGACACACCGAGACCGAGCGCAGACAGCUACAGGAGCGUGUGGAUGGACUCAGAGCGUCCGUGUCAGACGGGAAGCGUAAUAUCGCAGUGCUCACGGAGCGUGUGCAGACACUGCAGUCAGAACUGACCCAGAGUCAGCUGCGCAGAUCUGAGCUGGAGACAGAGCUGCACAACACACAGGAGGCUCUGCGACUGAAGUCCGACAGUCUGACCGAAGCCCAGUGCAGUCUACAGUCUGCGCAGACAGACAGAGCGUCUGCAGAGGAGCGUCUGCGCAGCCUACAGAGAGCCGUGGCCCUACUGGAGACCGAGAAGAGAGAUACAGAGAGACAGGCCGUCCGGCUGGAGAAGGACAAGGCCGCGCUGAGAAACACACUGGAUAAGGUGGAGCGUCAGAAGCUGAAGACGGAGGAGAGCAGCAUGCGUCUGUGUGCGGAGAAAGGCCGUCUGGAUCGCUCGCUCAACACCGUCGAACAGGAGCUGCAGGACGCGCAGAGACAGAUCGUGCUGCUGCAGGAAGAGUUGUGCGGCGUCAAACAGAAGAUUGCGUUGUGUCUGACUCAGCUGGCGGAACUGGAGCAGAGUCCCAGCGCGAGCGAGCAGGCGGCCCAUCGGGAGGCUGAGAGACUGCGCGUCAGUCAGAGAGAGGCGGAGCGAGCGCUGGCGGCCCGAGAGAGAGCGCACCGGCAGCGCGUCAGGGGUCUGGAGGAGCAGGUGUCCACACUGAAGGAGCAGCUCCAGCAGGAGAUCCGCCGCAGGACACCGGCACUGCCGUCUGCAGGCAGCUGAUCCACACCCAUUUCAGUGCCACCUCUUUACACUGGGUUUUGUGUGCUAAAUGUGCACUUCUGUAUUAAUGCAAUACAGAAGUGCUGAAUCUAUGGAAGCUUGUUUCUGCCACAGGAUAAAAAAAAAAUAAUCUCACAAUUAGACUUU